CAUUUUGCAUAAAUCUUGCAGCCACACGUAGGCGAGCCGAAGAUUUUUACAAUUUUCAGCAGCCCCAGGUCUCAGAACGCUCUAGACCUGCUAUUAAAAUCAACUUAAAGUGCUGCCGCAAGUAAGUAAAGCGAUCGGAAAUGGCUCGCUACACGCAACGUCCGGAAAACGCCCUCAAAAGGGCCAAUGAGUUCAUCGAGGUGGGAAAGCCGCUAAGGGCGCUGGACACGCUGCAGGAAGUUUUCCGCAACAAGCGAUGGAACUACGCCUACUCGGAGACGGUCAUCGAACCGCUCAUGUUCAAGUACCUGUACCUUUGCGUGGAACUCAAGAAGUCGCACAUCGCCAAGGAGGGACUCUUCCAGUACCGGAACAUGUUCCAGCUGGUGAACGUGAACUCUCUGGAAAAUGUAAUCCGCGGCUAUCUGAAGAUGGCCGAAGAGCACACGGAGGCCGCCCAAGCCCAGUCCUCGGCGGCAGUUGCUGUUUUGGAGCUGGAUGACCUGGACAACAUUGCCACGCCAGAGAGCAUCCUAAUGAGCGCAGUGUGUGGCGAGGACGCUCAGGACCGCUCAGACCGCACUAUCCUGCUCCCGUGGGUCAAGUUUCUGUGGGAGUCCUACUGCCAGUGUCUAGAGCUGCUGCGCGUAAACACCCAUUGCGAGGCGCUGUACCACGAUAUCGCUCGCAUGGCCUUCCAGUUCUGCCUUAAGUACAACCGCAAGAGCGAGUUUCGCCGCUUGUGCGACAAGCUGCGCAAACACUUGGAGGACAUUUGCAAGAGCAGCAACCAGACCACCGGUGUCUCGAUCAACAAGGUGGAAACGCAGCAGCUCUGCUUGGACACCAGGUUGUACCUUCUUGACUCGGCUAUCCAGAUGGAGCUGUGGCAAGAGGCCUACAAGGCAAUCGAGGAUAUCCAUGGCCUGAUGGCUCUGUCCAAGAAGACACCUGUGCCCAAAACCAUGGCCAACUACUACCAAAAAUUAGCCAUGGUUUUCAGCAAGGCCGGCAACCAGUUGUUUCACGCUGCAGCGCUGCUGAAGCUCUUCCAGCUGACGCGCGAGCUGAAGAAGAACCUGACAAAGGACGACCUGCAACGUAUGGCUGCCCACGUUCUCCUGGCCACCCUUUCUAUUCCGUUGCCUUCGGCCCAUCCAGAGUUCGACAGGUUUAUCGAGGCGGACAAAAGCCCCCUGGAAAAGGCCCAGAAGUUGGCCGUGCUUUUGGGCCUGCCCCAGCCGCCUACUCGCGUUUCGCUUAUUCGUGAAGUGGUGCGCUUGAAUGUUCCUCAACUCGUAUCUGAGGACUUUCGCAAUCUAUACAACUGGUUGGAGGUGGAUUUCAACCCACUGAAUCUGUGCAAGCGCAUUCAGUCUAUCGUGGACUUCAUUGAGAACGGGCCCGAAAACGCUUUGCUCACUCCUUACAUUCAAUCGCUGAAGGACGUGACUAUAAUGCGUCUGAUUCGUCAGAUCUCUCAGGUUUAUGAGAGUAUUAAGUUCCAGCGUCUUUUGCAGCUCGCCAGCUUUUGCAACAUUUUUGAAUUGGAAAAACUGCUAGUCGAGUCCGUGCGUCACAAUGACAUGCAGAUUCGUAUCGACCACCAGAAGAACAGUAUCUAUUUCGGCACUGAUCUGACCGAGAGUCAACGCGAGUACCGCCCCGACGGACCCGCUUUGCAAUCGAUGCCCUCGGAACAGAUCCGCUCUCAGUUGGUUAAUAUGUCUACUGUUCUGACACGGGCAGUUUCCAUCGUCUACCCGAACCGUGAACGUGACCAGCGUGCCAAGCUCCGCAACCAGAUGGUAAGCCAAUACCAUGAGAUCAAGGAUCGCGAGCACCAGCGUAUUCUUCAGCGACAGAAGAUCAUCGAGGACAGAAAGGAGUACAUCGAGAAGCAGAAUAAUGCUCGUGAAGAGGAAGAGGCGCGGCGUCAGGAGGAGGAAUCGCGGAAGGCCAAACUGGCCGAACAGAAGCGCCUCGAGCAGGAGCAAGAAGAACGAGAGCGCAAGCGCCAUCAGAACGAAAUCCAAGCUAUCCGGGAGAAGAGUCUCAAGGAGAAGGUUCAGCAAAUCUCGCAGACGGCUCAUGGUAAGAAGAUGCUUUCCAAGCUGGAUGAGGAAGGCAUUAAGAAGUUGGAUGCCGAGCAGAUCGCCAAGCGGGAAAGCGAGGAACUUCAGCGCGAGGCCAAGGAACUGCAGUCAAAACUCAAAUCGCAGGAGAAGAAAAUCGACUACUUCGAACGCGCCAAGCGCCUGGAGGAGAUUCCGCUUUUCGAAAAAUACUUGGCCGAAAAGCAGGUUAAGGACAAGGAGUUCUGGGAAGCAACCGAGAAGACACGCAUCGAGAAUGCCAUUGCCGAACGGAUGGAUGCCGUCGCCCAGCAGGAGCGUCUCAAGCGCAUGUAUCCGGACCGGGAUGAAUUCCUUGAGGCCCUUAAAAAAGAACGUGCCUCCCUCUACGUCGAAAAGCUCAAAAAGUUUGAGGCUGCUCUGGAGGCAGAGCGCAAAAAGCGCUUGGCCGACCGCAUUGUUCGACGCCGCGAGGAGCGUCGACAGGCUUUCCUUCGCGAGAAGGAGGAGGAGCGUCUUCGCAAGGAGGAAGAGAUUCGCUUGGCGCAGGCUGCCGAAGAGCGCGCCGCAGCAGAAGCCCGCCGCUUGGAGCGUGAGGCUGAGGACGAAAAGCGUCGUGCCCAAUACGAAAAGCAGCGUGCCAAGGAGGAGGAAGCUGAGCGCAAAAUCAAGGAAGAUCGAGACCGCCUGUCCAGGGAGUUGGCCUCGGAGCGCGAACGCACUGAAAAGGAGCGUGACACAUGGCGUCCUCGAGGCGGUGACCGUCCAAGCGCAUCUGCCGGCGGAUCCAGCGAGUGGCGUCGUGCUGCACCUGCGGUCAGUGAACGCAACGACCGUGGUGGCGAACGUAUCGAGCGCGGAGGCGACCGUAUGGAGCGCGGAGGCGACCGUAUGGAGCGCGGAGGCGACCGUAUGGAGCGCGGAGGAGAACGUGUUGAUCGCGGAGGAGACCGUGUCGAACGUGGAGGAGAACGGAUCGAGCGUGGUGGAGAACGCAUUGAACGAGGCGGUGACCGCGACCGCAAGGACAACGAGGGAGCGGACUCCUCUUGGCGUGUGCGCCGAGAACCAGAUACACAGCGUGCUGCUGCUCCCAAAGACAGUGGCGCUCCGCAAUCGCGCGAUGACAAGUGGCGGCGUGGCGGAGAACGUGACCGCGAUUUCCGCAAUGAUGGGGCUCGCCGCGACAGGGAUGAUGGGCCUCGCCGUGACCGUGACGAUGGUCCUCGCCGGGAUCGUGACGAUGAGCGCGGUGGAUUCCGUCGCAACGACGGGCCUCGUCGUACCGACGAGCCUCAGCGGGAAAGUGGAGGAAACUGGCGCGACGCUCCACGCCACGCUGAUCGGGAAAACCGUCGCCCAGCUGGUGAGAGGCGCGACCGAGAUGUGCGCGAGACUCGUGGCGAUCAGCGCGGCUCUGCUCCUAAGGAGGCAGCCAGUGGCGGAGGAGGCGGCAACUGGCGUAAUGCGCCUGCGACCCGUGAGGAAAAGCCAGCAGCUAAGCGCGAUCAAGCCCAGGAAAAGGAGAACAAAGCUGGCGAUGAUGGCGAGUGGACCAGCGUUAAGCGUCGUUAAUUAUUAUUUUCAUCAUCGUAUAUACCCAGCAUAAUAUUCUUAAUAAGUUUUUAUUUUAUCCGACUUGUACUUUAUUGGUAUAGAGCUCAGUCGGCCGGUACAUUAUAUCUAUCCAAAGCUUGUGCCAGAUAGUUAAAAUUGAGAUGGUUGUAGGACCGAUACUGAUUGAAGUACUUUCGAAUAAAAUAACUAUGUUCCAACAAA